AUGUCGAACAGACAAGAUCACGGGCUUAAGGAACACGGUCUGUCGGACGACGCCGUUGAAGCCGGCCAUGACUUCAUACACGACGCAGAGAGACACAGUGGAGACCAGAACACAAUGCCAUCCAUGGCUUCGCAACAGAAGAAAGGAGUGAGCCUCGAGGGGAUGCAGCAGAGUGAUCCAUUAGGAGAGGACAAGGCUGGAAAAAAGAUUUCGAACCCUUGCAUCUUGAUGGAGAAGCCUCCAUGUGAUCUACUCCACGCGUACGACGCAACCGAUCUUAGGAAGUUGAGCCUGAGAAAUGAACUUUCCUGGAUCCAAGCUGACUACUGGGGUGGCCAAGACAUAUUCCACAAUCGGCCCAGCCCCGUUGCGCCAUGGCUCAGGUCGACUUCGGACAUUUAUCAUCAAUCAGCCGCCCGGCGGUGUCAACCUCACAUCACCCUUACCAAGCACCCGUCAACCUCACAGCAUCCGAGACACGACGAUAUGACGACUCCCGCGCAACACUUCGUUGUCCUCGGUGCCGGCGUCAUCGGUCUCACUACCGCACUGACCCUCAGAGCCGAAUUUCCAUCCGUGAAGAUCACGAUCCUAGCAGAGUACUUCCCCGGCGACUACAACAUCGACUACUGCUCGCCGUGGGCCGGAGGUAAUUGGUGCUCCUCGGCCAACGAUAAUGGUCUUCUCGAAUCUUUCGAUCGUGUCGCAUUUGAGCGAUUUAGGAAAAUUGCAAAGAGCGCACCAGAAGCGGGAAUUAAAAGUUCGCCGCUCCGAAUGAUCUUCGACCAAAAGAUCGAGGAUGCAGGCAUUCUUAGUGUGGAAACUGGCAAGCUGUGGUACGAUGACUUGGUUGGGGGCACUGUGCCACUUCGUACGGACGAAUUGCCCGACAAAGCCGUGUUUGGACUUGAUGUACCUAAUACCUUUGUGAUCAACACUCAAAUCUACUUGCAAUGGCUUCUUGAGCAAUGCAGACAGAGCAAAGUCAUUCUGGUCCGUCAAAAGAUUGGUCACAUCAAUGAGGCUCGCAUCUCUUCAGAUGUCACCACGGUCUUCAACUGUACAGGCUUAGGGUCCUACUUCCUUGGUGGAGUGGAAGACAAGUCCAUGUAUCCGACUCGAGGGCAAACCAUCUUGGUCGAGCAGCCGAUUGAGCCCCUCAAGAGGAUGUACUUCCGUUCACCUCGAAGAGUAGACAACGACACCACCUACAUCUUCCAGAGGCCUCUAGCAGGCGGCAUUGUUCUAGGCGGAUGUCGUCAAGACGGAAAUUGGGACAAGGAGGUCGAUCCCGAGUUGACAAAGACUAUCCUCCAGCGUUGUUGCGCAUUGGCCCCAGAGCUGGGCAAGCCCGGAGACUUGAAGAUCAUCAAGCACGGCGUCGGGCUGAGACCGAAUCGUAAAGGCGGACCAAGAAUCGAGGUCGAGAAGAGAGAUGAGGGGCUGGUCGUACAUAAUUACGGAGCAUCUGGGGCGGGAUAUCAGGCAUCUUGGGGAAUGGCAGCACAUGCGGUGAAACUUGCAAAAUUGCAACUAACAAGUCAGACACCCUCGUCGAAGCUUUAG